GCGCAUUCCUCUGGCGACUGGGUCAUACUUAGCAUAAAAACGUCAGCGACAGUAUUGAUCUAACUAACGUAAGAUGCGUGUUUUUGUAUAAUUAACGACAUUAAACUACAGCUCCCGGACCUAGAGAGACCGACCUGCAUGACUUAAUGGGUCAGUCUCCCCCUGACAGUGAAUGAGACGUGACGCAGUCUGCCUUCUGUACCUCGUCUACCACCUGACUGCCUCGCCUCAUUACGGAAUGAGAAGUGUGAGAGUGGAGCCUCCAUGCCAUCAUUGCCGCCUGGGUGACCACAACUUCACGCGCUUCGAUUCCCUGCAGCCAUUCUAAUGCGGUCAAGUUGUUGUUGUUUAAGAUUCGCUACCUGGAACAAAAAGUUCCAAGUAGCACGGGCUAUGGUGAGCCCGUAGAUCGGUCAAGUGAUAAUGAGCCAAGUGUUGUGAACCUCCCCACCCGUGAUGAACCGGUGCAUCCCUUCUGGACCACUCCUGUCGUUCCGAGGACUCGAACCGUAAUGAACCAGUUCAGCCGUCUGGAACUACUCCAACCCUCGUGAGAGACUCUAGUGGAUCUGCAGGAGAGUAGUGUCACCACAGGCGGCCGCAGUGAUGACUGUGCAGUAUACUGAUGAAGUCGCGAGUCAGGGCGGCUGUGGCUCCUUCAAGCUCCUUAUCAGGUGGCGAGGGAGCGUAUAUAAGACGGUGUGGCAAGAUAUACUUGUCUACCUCAUCUUCUACUUCACCAUCUCCUUCAUCUACCGCUUCGCUCUUCCUGAGAAGGAACGCAAAAUAUUUGAGAAGAUUGUGCUGCACUUCACCCACUACCGAGACGUGAUCCCGGUGUCCUUCGUGCUGGGCUUCUACGUGGGUCUGGUGGUGGGCCGCUGGUGGGACAUCUACCGCACGGUGCCCUGGCCCGACGCCGCCGCCAUCCUCGCCGCCACCUACGUCCCUGGCAUGAAUAGAGAAGCUCGGAGAGUGAGAGUCACUCUCCUCCGCUAUGUCAACCUGAGCAUCGCCAUCACCUUCGCCACCAUCUCCCCCGUCGUCAAGGAAAGGCUUAGAACCAUCUACGAUUUCAGACGUGAAGGCUACAUCACAGAGCACGAGUUACAUAUACUAAACAAACUAGAGGAGCAGACGGACCAGCACAAGGCCUGGGUGCCCAUAAUGUGGGCGUGUAAGACUCUACAGCGAGCCCGACACGAGGGACUCAUCACUUGCGACGUGGCUCUAAGAGCUCUCAUAGACGAAGUCCUCAGUAUUAGGCUCAAGUGCGGCAGUCUGCUCGGUUACUAUGGCAACAACAUUCCUCUUGUCUAUACCCAGGUGGUGACCGUAGCGGUGUACAUAUACUUCGCGUUCUCCCUGCUGGGGGAGCAGUUCCUGGACCCCACCAAGGGCUACUCUGACCAGCUGGUCGACUACUACGUGCCCCUCUUCGCCCUCCUCCAGCUCUUCUUCUACCUGGGCUGGCUCAAUGUGGCUGCUGCCCUACUCAAUCCUUUUGGCGACGAUGACCACGACUUUGAGUUUCUAAAAUUUUUAGAAAGAAAUAUUCAAAUGUCGAAGCUACUGAGUGAGACGGCGCCCAGCGACCUUCCGCGAGGCCUCGACGACUCUGUCAAGCACGUCAAGUUCCACGACAAGCUGGUAGUGGAGAGCAUCAACUACUACGACGACCAUGUCACCUACUAGGACGACCACCCCCGCUACUGCUGGUAGUAGAGAGCAUCAACUACUAGGACGACCACCCCCACCACUGGUAGUGGAGAGCAUCAACUACUAGGACCACCACCCCCACCACUGGUAGUGGAGAGCAUCAACUACUAGGACCACCACCCCCACCACUGGUAGUGGAGAGCAUCAACUACUAGGACCACCACCCCCACCACCACUAGUAAAUCUAUUUCUUCACGUUAAAACAACAUUCAUAUGCUAUUCAUACAGCCCAACACUCCAGUCCAUUGUAUUUACAUUCCAGUUUAUGUGAUCAUUCUAUCGACUUCAGAGGGGCCAAAUGUAUUGUUAAAAGUAAGGGUUUCGUUGAAGGAAAUGUGAUUGAGUCAGCUCUGAUCAAACAAUGUAACAGCAGCCUUAAUAUAAGCCCUGGCAUGUACAAAUUAGGUCCCUAUAUAAGCUUCAAUAUAGCACUUCAAUACAAUAUAACAUCUAUUUAACCCAUUUUUCCGUCCCCCUCUUAGCCGUAGGUUUCACCUCCCCCAUUUUUUUACUUGUAUAUAGGUCAAUAGGCCUUUAUUUUCAUGUUCUGGAUGGUGAGGUGACCUGCCCUGGCGGGUAUAAGGUCUGCCUACCACGUGCCUUUCUUCAUUCUAAAAUGCUCUGAUGAAGGCGAUUUUAGCCGAAAACGCGUUUAGCAUUCUCUAUUUUUCAGAGAAUUAAGUAGUGGACUACUGUAGUUGUGGACUGAAGUAAGUCCACUACCUACCUGGCUCCUGUGCCGGGUAAGUCCACUUACCUGGCACAGGAGCGGGGCAAGUAGCCAUGUGUACAUCUAGUACCAUGUGUACUUCCAGUGGGUGGAUGUAGUUAAAACGCAACUGUAUGAAUAUUUUAUUAUAGCAUGUGUUGACGCAAGAGUUUGUGAAGGGCGCACCACCCUAACCGUUAGUUAGACGUUACCAAGAACCCAAACUUAAUAUCAUGAGUGGCGGUGAGGACGCUGCCUUUGAGCACCAGAGGCGCGAGAGGGCUGCGAGAGUGAUGAUAUCUGGGUCAACACAAUACAUUCCUUGUUGUUGGAGGGCGUC